UGCUCAGUUGUUUCUGACUGUUUCUGUCUGUGCUUGAGGCUGGUGAGAGAGGUGACGGGGGUCAACGUGAACAUGCGUGUGGGAAUCCAUAGCGGCAGGGUCCACUGUGGGGUGCUGGGACUCAGGAAGUGGCAGUUUGAUGUGUGGUCCAACGAUGUCACGUUAGCCAAUCACAUGGAGGCCGGGGGUGCGGCAGGGCGGAUCCACAUCACCAAGGCCACUCUGAACUACCUGAGUGGAGACUAUGAGGUGGAGCCAGGAUCAGGAGGAGCAAGGAACGUCUAUCUGAAGAAACACAACAUAGAAACCUACCUCAUCGUGGGCUGCAGUCAGAAAAGGAAAGAUGAGAAGGCGAUGAUAGCCAAGAUGAACCGUCAGCGAGCCAACUCUGUCACCCACAACAUGGGCCCCUGGACCGACCGGCCCUUCUACAACCACAUGGGAGGAAACCAGAUCUCUAAGGAGAUGAAGAGGAUGGGAUUUGAAGACCCCAAGGACAAUCAAGAGACAGAGCUGAAGGGUGGACGAAAACAAAAGUAUCUCCUCGUCUUGGCAGAGCCAGGAAAACCUGAACCCAGAAGGAGUAUCGAGCCAUCGACGCCUAUCGACCGGCUACGCUCGGAACACGUCAAGAAGUUCCUGCUGACCUUCAGAGAACCAGACCUGGAGAAGAAGUACUCCAAACAAGUGGACUCCAGAUUUGGAGCGUACGUGGCCUGCGCCUCCCUCGUCUUCCUCUUCAUCUGUUUCAUCCAGAUUGUCAUUGUACCACACUCCACUCUGAUGAUUGGGUUCUAUGUCACCUGUCUGAUCAUCCUGAUGGCUGUCAUGUUUGUCUCAGCAAUCUACUCCUGUUUUGGGUUUUUCCCAGCGUCUCUACAGACUCUGUCCAAGAUGAUAGUCCAGUCCAGACUCAACAGCACCCUGGUGGGAGUCUUCACCAUCCUCCUGGUCUUUCUCUCUGCCUUCAUCAACAUCUUCACCUGCAGUACUGGAGACCUGAGGGAGUGUCUGAGCUGGGAACUGAACAUCAGUCGCAGCAGUGUGAACGCCUGCCAUGCACGCAGCCUCAACUACACCCUCGAAUCACUGGACGGCUUCUGUGGCAGCCCCUCACCCAACUGCAACUUCCCUGAGUACUUCUCUUCCUGUGUGUUGUUGACCCUGCUGGCCAGCUCGGUUUUCCUACAGGUCAGCAGUAUAGGUAAACUCCUACUCAUGCUCUUCAUCGAGAUCUUCUACAUCCUCAUCAUGGAGGUGCCAGAGGUCAGCCUGUUCGACAACGUAGACCUGCUGGUCAUGGCCAACGCUAUUGAGCACAUAAAUGGAACAAGCUGUGUGAUGGACUCUAAGGUCCCUCUGAAGAUCAUGACUCCCGUGGUCAUCACUGUCUUCGUCCUGGCUUUGUAUCUACACGCCCAGCAGGUGGAGUCCACAGCCAGACUCGACUUCCUCUGGAAACUACAGGCCACAGAGGAGAAAGAGGAGAUGGAGGAGCUACAGGCUUACAACCGUCGCCUCCUCCACAACAUCCUUCCCAAAGACGUGGCUGCUCACUUUCUGGCGCGAGAGCGUCGGAACGAUGAGCUCUAUUACCAGUCCUGUGAGUGUGUAGCCGUCAUGUUUGCCUCGAUCUCCAACUUCUCUGAGUUCUACAUAGAGCUGGAGGCCAACAACGAAGGAGUGGAGUGUCUCAGGCUGCUCAACGAGAUCAUUGCAGAUUUUGAUGAGAUCAUCAGUGAGGACCAGUUCCGCCAGCUGGAGAAGAUAAAGACCAUCGGCAGUACCUACAUGGCAGCCUCUGGCCUCAACGACUCUACCUAUGACAAGGAAGGCCGCUCACACAUCAGAGCCCUCGCAGACUACGCCAUGAGACUCAUGGAUCAGAUGAAGUACAUUAACGAACACUCCUUCAAUAACUUCAAGAUGAAGAUCGGUCUGAACAUGGGUCCGGUGGUGGCUGGGGUGAUCGGGGCCAGGAAGCCCCAGUAUGACAUCUGGGGGAAUACCGUCAACGUGGCCAGCCGCAUGGACAGCACCGGUGUACCUGAGAGGAUCCAGGUGACCUCUGACCUGUACAACGUGCUGAACUCCUAUAACUACACACUAGAGUGCCGAGGCCUCGUCAAGGUGAAGGGUAAAGGAGAAAUGCAGACCUACUUCCUCACUGGAGGACCACCCAGCAGUUAACACCCAGGCUGUGUCCCAAAUGGAAACCUAUUCCCUAUAUAGUACACUACUUUUGACCAGGGACAUAGGGCUCUGUUGAAAAGUAGUGCACUAUAUAGGAAAUUGGGUGCCAUUUCAGACACAGCCUAUGCAGAAGCAGCCCCAGUAACAGACUGACACUGGUGUAGGAAAAGGCUGAGAGGAGGGGUGAUUGGACUAAAGGGGGCUCAUGGACCUGUGUUAGCUUGGGGAACUGACUGCCCCCCACCAACAACCCUUGUCCUAGGUUUAUCUCCUCCCUACCUGUGAUUUGAGAGGUCAGCCUCUGAUUGGACCAGAGUGAAGGAGACCCCACCCAGCCUCCUCUCGGCUUGGGGGAAAGAGACAGGGAGGAGCUUAGAGGGCCUGGGUUCGCUGAAGAGACCAAAGAAAUCCCAUCAGACUACAGCAGAGAGACACAUUGUGACAGCAGCAUUCUCUCAAGGUCUUAUUUCUAUAGGUCAUAGUGUGAGUUAAGGAACGGCUAAAAGCCAAUCAUCUCGCAGUACUGUAGAUCUCUAAGGUUUUCUGAGGAAAUCGAUCCAAUAUGUGUGUCUUCAUAGACAUUCUGCUGAAAGAUCCAAGUCGCUCUAAACAAAACCUGCAUGAAGACACUGAAACCCAUAUAAACACGUAAAACAUUCUGAAAGUAUUCAGGCCCCUUCGCCUUUUACACAUUUUAUUGUGUUAGACUUUUUCUAAAAUGGAUUAAAUAAAACAUGUCCUCAUCAGUCUACACACAAUACCCCAUAACGACAAAGC